AUGUCUAAUGAUCAGAAGAAACCACCUGAACUAUCCGUGGGCCCAGGGGAAGCCCACAAUUCCAAUGUGAACGAUGAAGCCCCCAGGGAAGCUGAGGACACCAAUGAUAUUGACAAAGUUUUUGAGUUUCUCAAAAAAACCUGUGUUUCACCUCCUCCUCAGUUGUGCAACUGUAAGAUUGAAACUGUAGAUUUUAAUAUGCCAAGCACAUCACAUGAUGCUGAAAGCAUCUCAUUUUCUUCUAGAUCUAUCUUCACCAUGCCAUAUAUCAGAUUAGCUAAUGGCUUUCAUAAUUCAAGUUAUGAUAUACCGAGCACCUCACAGGCUAUAGAAAAUCUCGAAGAAUUGCCUAAUGAAAUAUUAGAGAAUCAAAUUGCUUUACUGGUGAGACUAAUACUGAUAAAAUAUAGAAUGAAAGCACCAGUAACCAAGGAAGAGAUGAUUACGACAAUCAUUGACUAUAAAGAUCACUUUAGUGAUAUCUUCCGUAGGGUCCAUAGGCGGAUGGAAGUGGUUUUUGGCCUUGAUGUGAUAGAAAUUGAUGAAAGCAGCUACUAUGUCUCCAUUAUGAAACUAGACCUUACUUUUGAUGGAAUGCAUUGUGGUGAAAAAGGAAUACCCAAGACUGGUAUUCUUAUUCUGACUCUCGCUGUGAUCUUCAUGAAAGGAAACUGUGCCUCUGAACAGGAGUUCUGGCACAUUUUUAGUCAAAUUGGGAUAAAUGAAAAUGACAGACAUUUUAUCUUUGGAGACGCCAAGGAGCUUAUCACCGAUGAUUUUGUGAGCGAGAACUAUAUUGUGUAUCGUCCCAGAGCCCAUGAUCUUGGACAUUUUGAGUUUGUUUGGGGGCGACGAGCAAUUGCUGAAACAUCUAAAAUUCAAGUUCUCGAGUUUUUGGCCAAGAUUAUUAGAUCCAAACCAAGUGCCUUUGGACCACUUUAUGAAGAUGCUCUUCAAGAUGCAAUUCAAAGAGGUUUAGCUAAUAAUAGGGCUUGGGCUAUACCUCCUGUAGCAUCUAUCAUCUCUGAUGACAGUUUUAACAGAUUCUCCUAUCCCUAA